AUGACUGAUGACAGUAGUAGAAUGACUUCUAACCUAUCAAGUGUAUCUAGAGUAAAGCAUAAAAUAAUAUUUUUGGGUGAUUAACAUGUAGGAAAAACAUGUAUAAUUGAAAGAUUUAUGUAUGAUGUAUUUGAUGAAAAGCCGCAUCCAACUGUAGGUGUUGAUUUUUUAGCAAAAACACUUCAUAUAGAUGAUAAAAGUAUUCGAUUAUAAUUAUGGGAUACUGCAGGUUAAGAAAGAUUUAGAAGUUUAAUUCCUAGUUAUUUGAGAGAUGCGACUUGUGCAGUAAUAGUUUUUGAUGUAACGAGUCAAGAAAGUUUCAAUAGUAUUGAUAAAUGGGUCAAAGAUUAUAAAGACCAUAGAGGACCUGAAGCUCCUUGUAUUAUAGGAGCAAAUAAAACUGAUUUGAAAUUAAGUUAUUAUUAUUUUCUUUUUUUUUAAAAAAAAAUAUAUUAGAUAGAGUUAUUAGUUAAGAUGAAGCAUAAUAAAAAGCUAAAACCUAUAAUAUGAGUUAUUUCGAAAUUUCAGCAAAAACAGGGGAAAAUGUACUUAAUAUGUUUAAAUAAAUGGCUGUUUCUUUACUUUUACCUGAUAGCACAGGUUUAGUUGAAAAAUAAAAUUAAUAAGUUAGCGAAAAUAAAAAUAAUAAUAUAAACAAUCAAAAUCAAGUUUAAAAUGAUCAAUAAGAAUAAAAAAUAAAAUUAACUGAAACAAAUGCAAAUAAUAAUCAUAUAUAAAAUGUUUAAAAUAAUAAUUGU